AAUUUCUACCUAAUAAAUCCUUAUCUGGUUGGCUUUAUUUCCACUGUCCUUGGAUGCAGAUUGCUGUAUCGACUCAUUUGGUUUUUCACUUCAAAAAUAUGCCCAACUUUCAUGAAGAACACAGUUCAGAAGUGUAUACGAGUUUUACUAUUGAUCGCUACAAUGUCAGUUUUGUUAUACUGCACUUAUCAAAUCAUGCAGAGUCAUCCAAUUGUUAGCAUUUUUUAUUUAUGUUACCCGAUAUCAGUGUAUUUUAUUUUGUUUGGAGUGACAGUCCAACCUCUUUUUGAUAUCAUUCCUCACCCAACCGUCAGUUGCGAUGAAGAGUGGCCCCCACCAGAAGGGAAAACUAUGCACAUUUGUUCCACCUCACCUCAAGUGAUUCGUGAUGAGGUUGAAUAUUUUAAAACAGAUUUCAAUAAUCGAAUGAAGCAAGUUCUUUUUAGUUCAGUGAUGAAUGCCUACUAUGCAGGAUUUGUCCCUUGCUGCUUUGUUCAGAACUUCCUGUAUUACGAUGUAAACUGGGCUACGCAGCACCUAACAUUCACUUGGCUCAGCUGUUUUAUCAUGUACUUCAUUCACCUUUACCCCAUCAGAUAUUAUGACACGCUACACAGAGCAGCCCUCCAUUUGGGAAAGUGGACCAAGGUAGAAAGCCGCAUGUGUCACAUUCCCUCUCACACUUGGACGGACUCCACUCUUUGGCCUCAAGGUGCUCUGGUUCGACACUCGAAAGAGCUCUUCAAAGCGGAAGGCAUCACUAACGCCGCUGAGCCUGGCAAUAUAAGCCAUACAAGAUUUUUUCUUCUCUUCAACGAUCCAACAACACUGCUUUAUACGCAAGUUGCCCUGCAAUUUUGUAUUGUCAUGCUUCAAGUUGGUAUCCUUCUGCAGGCCUCUGAAUGGUAUCAUAUUCUGUCUCUUAUGACUCUUCUCUUCAUCAACUACUACCCUCUCUUUCGACUUGGAAGAGAUUUCCUUGUCUCAUGGAAAAUGUACCGAGCUGAAGCAGCAAUCCAAGCUAAGGCUAACAGUUAAUAGUAUGUUUCGACUUUUCUGGCUGGUUCAUUCUGGGAAGUUUUUCAUUCCCUUUUUCACUAACUGUUGUUAAAAUAUGAAAGUGUCAUAUUUUGCAAAUCAGCUCACUUUUUUGUAACACAUCAUCACAUGUAAUGGCAUGGAUGCAUGUACCAACUUUUCACAUUUGAACUUGCUCAGGUCAAGUCAACUCAAUUUUCCUCUAAUUUUUUUUAUCAUAUGAAGUGUAGGUACCUUAUUCAACAGUUGUGUCCAUGUGUGUAGUGGUAGUGCAUAUCAGGGGCUUGAGGAGGCUCCAACCCCUCAUUUUUUGCCGGAAUCUCAAGCGUUAGGCUUUUGGAGGGUUUUCCAGACCAUAACAAGCAAAAACAAGAAGAAGAUCAUCACCCUAAAACUACCCCCACUUUGGGACCCAUGCGCCACCCUACUUGUGUGAUCUUGACAUUGGUGUAAAAUUUUUAACAGAAACUGAAAUUAUCUCUAUGAUCUGGCUCCUAGUUUAAUCCAAUAACUCAUAUCAAAUAGCGGAGUCAAUGAUCGAUCAUAUGGGGCCUUUUUUGAUGAAAAUGAGAAGAGAACUCAUCAAUCCUUACUCACCCUUGCAUCACUCGGUAUUAAAUUUAUUUCAUGUUCAAUGGUUAAAUUUUCAGUUUUGACUCUGCCCGAGCGUAAAUCUCUAGCACAAUUAGUUCCGUCAGCCUUUGACUGCACACUUAUGUUCAUGCAAAAGCUGUGUAUGUAAUGUGUACAGACAUUUAUGUCAUAUGAGUAGAUGUACUCAUUAGAUUUCAAAACAUACCUCUCACCAGUUCAGUCAGAGUGUUAGAACUUAUUUCCCCAAUAGGAUCUGAUACUUCCCAUCAUGGACUAGCCACUUUAUUGACUUGUUAAUUUGUUCUUUUGAUUUCAUGUGUUAAGUUGUAUGAGUUAAUUUUUUGUUUGCAAUCCUAUCAUCGUUUUAUUUUUUUUUUUUUAAUUUUCUAUUUUCCAAAAGAGGAAAAGAGGUUGGAGACACUUAUCAAGUGAACUCAUGAUGGUGCUACCCAAAAGCUCUGCAAUGGCAGACAAA